CAGUCGAUGGAGUCGUUCCGAAUUUGACUUAUUUUAUAGCAAAAAAUUGUUUAUAGUUAAGAAAUUGCUAUGGCUAUUGACAGUUUGUAGUAGAUAAAUACUUGAAAAUCAUUGGAGAAUCGUAAAAUCACCUUGGGAGCACAAUUUUGACCUACUGUAAUUUAAGGUUACAAAUUUGUAUUUCAAUUUUGAUAAAUGGCGGACUCACCAGGAGCAACAAUGAAGAACAGUCAACAGAAGAGACCAUCUCCUCUGAUUCCUUCCGAGUUUACUAGGCAGAGCCAUUUGACUCGAAUCAGCAACAGAAAAAAUCAAAUGAGAGCUCUUACUCGGCAGAAGAAGCUGGAAAAACUUGCUAAUUACUCGCAGUGCAAGGCGGAUGAACAAUGCAAAUGUACUGGAUGGAAAAGUUACGUUUCAUCUGGUGGUGGUCAAUCGUUUUCAGACGUUACAAACUCCAAUUGCCGAACAUGCAAUCACUCUCUAGCGAGUCAUUUAUCCACAGUGGACGGUAAAACGGAUGAGGAGUUGGACAUAGUGCUGUCUAUGGUGGUGGACAUCGAAACCCUUUAUGUUUGCGUACACAGUGAGAAGGACGAAGACACAAAAAAACUGUACACGGCAUUGUUUAAGUUGCUUAGAAACUGCGUUCUUCAAAAAACUAAGCCAUCUGCUGUUAUUAUGGGAAAUCCACCAUUUGAAAUACCGACUAUUGAAAGUGCAAUUUUCAAAUUUCUUCAAAUAUAUUACGAAGGGAGUGAUGAAAGACAGAUGAUGCACGAUUUGGCAAAAAUGUUUAUUCAUUGUCUUAAUAAUUGGACGUUGGAAUCACCUUCCGUGCGAAAACAACAAGGUUUUAGUGAUGAAGAGAUUGCUGCUUACAAAACUAAUUAUACAAGGUGGUUAUGUUGUUGCCGGGUUCCAAUAUUCUGCGACAAUUUCGUCAAGUACACAACGUCGAAAGUUUUUGGCAAAAGUUUCUUUCAGUCCCUGCUACAUUCGCUUGGCCAGCAGCUCCUCAGCAAGUUUACUGCUGAUAAGGAAAAACUUCCACCAGAAAAACGCGUCGUGUUGAUGACUCACUUUCCAAGAUUUUUAAAACAUUUGGAGGAAGAAGUCAUGAACAAUGACAGUCCGAUUUGGAAGGAAGAUAUACCGCUGACAAUGUUGAACGCCCUCAAUACAACUCCAUCGCCAGUUGCUAAUAAUACAAGCUCGGACUGUGGAUUGCUUAGUCCCCGAACUUUAUCGUCCUUACAACUUGCCGUACCUAACACUUAUGAUGCUCCCAAUAAGAGACCGUUGGAUUCUUGUCCGCCAAAAAUGGAAACUAAACGACAAAAAUUAGCUGGAGAUGUUCCAGAGGAGGUUUUUGCCCGAAUCGUUGCUGUUGUGACGGAUGAACACGAGAUGGUUGGGCCCGAGCGUGGUUUGUACCCAGGACAACACAGUGCUCGAGACGAGGCUGCCCGUUGCGAGGAAAAAAGAGGUGUAAUCGAGUUUCAUGUCGUUGGAAACUCAUUAAGACGACGGCUGUCUCGAGAGAACAUAAUGUGGUUAGUUGGUUUGAAAAACGUUUUCUCACAUCAGUUGCCGAGAAUGCCAAAAGAAUAUAUCACAAGACUUGUCUUCGACCAAAAACACAAGACCCUGGCUCUAGUGAAAGAUAACAGACCGAUCGGUGGUAUUUGUUUUCGUAUGUUUCCAACGCAAAAUUUUACCGAAAUUGUGUUUUGUGCUGUGAGCUCGAACGAGCAAGUUAAGGGUUAUGGAACGCAUCUGAUGAAUCAUCUCAAGGACUACCACAUUCAACACAGUGUGUUAAAUUUUCUUACUUAUGCCGACGAGUUUGCGAUCGGAUACUUUAAAAAACAGGGAUUUUCAAAACAUAUAACCUUACCGAGAAACGUUUACCAAGGCUAUAUUAAAGAGUACGAAGGAGCAACGCUAAUGCAAUGUAUUUUAAAUGCAAAGAUACAAUACACCGAAUUUUCAUCUGUCAUCAAAAAGCAAAAAGAGAUUGUUAAAAAACUCAUUCAAAGACGGCAAGAGGAAAUCAAGAAAGUCUAUCCUGGUUUGACUUGUUUCAAAGAGGGUGUUAGACAGAUUCCUGUUGAGAGUAUUCCUGGAGUAGGAGAAACUGGUUGGAAGCCACCAUUAAAAGCAAGGUGUGAAGAGGCGAUUGAUCCAGAUAAACUUUUUACUCAACUUAAAAAUAUUCUGACACAAGUUAAGAAUCAUGCCAGUGCAUGGCCAUUUAUGAAAGCGGUCGAGGUCACGGAUGCCCCGGACUACUAUGAUUACAUCAAGUAUCCAAUGGAUCUGAAAACUAUGAGUGAUCGGCUAAAGGCGGGUUACUACAGUACAAAGAAACUCUUCGUUGCUGACAUGAUGAGGAUCUUUAGUAAUUGCCGUACAUACAAUGCCCCUGAUACUGAAUAUUAUCGUUGCGCUAACACUAUCGAAAGGUACUUUCUUAGCAAGAUUAAGGAAAUUGUAUAGUAAGUUUUCAGCGUUAAAUGUAUAUAUUUGCUUGAUGAAAGAUCAAUUCUUGCCUCAAUCAACCAUUAAAUGUAAAUUUCCCCUGA